AUGCGUGGCGUUUCAGAGAGCUCUCCGACUCGUGCAAUGGCGGAGGAUUUGGAUGUCGAAGCGAUGCUGGAGGCACCAUAUAAGAAGGGGGAGCAGGACUCCUCCUCCAAAGACAAGUCCUCCAAGGAGAAUGGGUCUAGUCGCAAAUCGUCUGGGAAAAGCAAACAUCGUUCGCGUUCUCGUUCACGAUCUCGAGAUCGCGAUCGUCGAGAAAAGGACAAAGAUCGGCGGGAUCGAGACAGAGACAGGGACCGGGAUCGUGAUCGGGACAGGGAUCGCGAUCGCGACCGCGACCGUCGACGCAGAUCGCGAUCACGAGACAGGCGGGACCGCGACAGAGAUCGUGAUGAUAGGGACAGGGAGAGGCGAGACAGAGACAGAGAUAGGGAUAGGAGAAGAAAGAGAUCACUAACACCACUCACUCUUCCUAGAGCUCGACCACCGUUCGGCAAAGGUCACAGUCCUCUUGGAAUAAAUGAUGAAUUGACACCAGAAGAACGAGAUGCUCGGACUGUUUUUUGUAUGCAAUUGAGUCAGCGAAUCCGUGCACGAGACUUGGAGGAAUUUUUCUCGAGUGUCGGCAAAGUGCAAGAUGUUAGAUUAAUUACAUGUAAUAAAACUCGAAGAUUUAAGGGCAUUGCUUAUGUCGAAUUCAAAGAUCCAGAAAGUGUGACACUCGCUCUCGGUCUAUCAGGUCAAAAGCUCCUUGGAGUACCUAUUGUAGUGCAGCAUACACAAGCUGAGAAGAAUCGCAUGGGCAAUUCGAUGCCAAACCUAAUGCCUAAAGGACAAACAGGACCUAUGCGAUUAUAUGUAGGAUCUCUCCAUUUUAAUAUCACAGAAGAUAUGCUUCGCGGGAUUUUCGAACCAUUCGGAAAAAUUGAUAAUAUACAAUUAAUUAUGGACCCUGAGACCGGACGUAGUAAAGGUUACGGUUUUCUGACAUUCAGAAAUGCAGAUGAUGCGAAGAAAGCUUUAGAACAAUUGAAUGGAUUCGAGCUUGCUGGUAGACCUAUGAAAGUGGGCAAUGUAACAGAACGAACCGAUUUGAUUCAAGGGCCGUCUCUUCUCGAUACGGAUGAAUUAGAUCGUAGUGGUAUUGAUCUCGGUGCAACUGGAAGAUUACAACUGAUGUUCAAGUUGGCGGAAGGUACCGGUCUAGAAAUUCCUCCUGCUGCAGCAAACGCUUUAAAUAUGGCUCCAGUCAUGACACAACCACAACCACCACCUCAGGCAGCGCCUCCAAUCGCGACACAGUGCUUUAUGUUAUCAAACAUGUUCGAUCCUCAAAAUGAGACAAAUCCUAAUUGGGCAAAGGAAAUUCGCGACGAUGUAAUCGAGGAAUGUAACAAGCAUGGCGGCGUGCUACAUGUAUACGUGGACCAAGCGUCACCGCAAGGCAACGUUUAUGUAAAAUGUCCGUCGAUUGCAACCGCCGUGGCGGCUGUAAAUUCGCUACAUGGUCGAUGGUUUGCCGGUCGCGUCAUAACCGCCGCCUAUGUGCCAGUAGUGAAUUAUCACUCUCUAUUCCCGGACGCGAUGACCGCGUUGCAAUUAUUGGUGCCAAGUGCGCCGCGAAGAGGAAUGUGAUAAUCUUAAAACGAGCAAGCGAGCAACAAUCGUCCACUGAUGUGUAAAUCCUUGCGUAGUAUUGCGUUCUAUUCUCAUUCAUACACACACAUUCAUACAUAUACACACUCACAUCGCUGUCACGUAAGACUGCAUUUUUUUUAUUAAUAAAAUGGGAAAAGGAAGCAUCUCCGACUUAAGAUUUUCACGAGAAUAAUUGUGUCGCAAUGGUAUAAAUUCAUAGCAUAUCGUAAAUGCAAUAAGUUCGAAUUAUCUCAUUCACAGCAUCAUGCAUUGUUUGCAUGAGUUUUUGAUCGAAAUGUAAUCAAAGUUUGUGUCAAUUGAAGAAUGUUCGAAAUUUUUUGCUCAACAUUUUGAAUCUGACUAUUUUAGAUAUACAUCAAUUGAAAAAUUUAUGGAUUACAAAAUAAAUUAUU